CGCAAUUAUUAAGCUUUUGUUUGUUUGUUCCGUAAUUCCGCGCGCGCCCCGUCGAGAUAGGUGAGGUGAGCAUUGCUAAUGAGGAUACAUCUUCUUGGGGUUGUGGGCUUUUGUUUAGCGGGUCUUGCUUUUCUUAUCUACUCCGAGGUGGUAUCUGUUCGUGUGAGUGUCAGUGUUCCCACUACGAAUACAAAUACCAUGGCUACUGCUGCGCUCCGUCGGUCUGUGUCGGCUUUCCGUGGCUUACGCACUACGCCUCCCCUCACGUCUGUUUUUGGAGCUGCGAGACCGUUUUCUUCAACGGUCGCUGUCAAGAUGCCUUCUAAGAUGCCUAGUUCUGGUGCGCUUGUUGAUUUGGCGAAAGGUCGUCAUUCGAUCUAUAAGUUGGGGAGGGAGAGUCCGGUGUCGGAUGACAAGAUCGAGGAGCUUGUCAAUCAGGCUAUUUUGAAUGUUCCUAGCGCGUUCAAUACCCAGUCGACUCGGUUGGUUGUGCUGUUGCAUAAGGAGCAUGAGCGGCUUUGGGAUAUCGCUAUGGAUUGCUUCCAGGGCCUGGUGAAGAAUGGGACCCUGUCGGAGGAGACGUGGAAGGGUCAGACUCAGCCGAAGAUUCAGGGGUUUAAGGAUGGGCUUGGAACGAUCCUCUUCUAUGAAGACCCCGCGCACAUCAAGCCUUACCAGGAGAAGUUCCCGAGUUUCAAGGACCAGUUUGGACCUUGGGCUGAGCAUACCAAUGCUAUGCAUCAGUACUUCCUCUGGAUCGGUCUUGAGUCCCUAGGCUUCGGUGCCAACCUGCAGCAUUAUAACCCGCUUAUCGAUUCCGCCGUCGCUAAGCAGUGGGAUGUUCCUACCGAGUGGAGACUUAUUUCUCAGCUGGUGUUUGGUAGCCCUGAGGCAGAGGGGCAGGAGAAGCCGAAGAAGCCGGUGGAGGAGCGCGUGAAGAUCUAUGGGAAGUUGUGAGUGGUAUAGUUAUAGACUUCGUCUCGGGUCUGGUAUACUAGAUUGUGAGAUUUUCGAGUUAGCGCAGCAUCAAUUAGACUCCUUGGAUUAUUGCAGAGUACAUGUUGUAUCUACCCAAGGCUAUCAUCGUCUUUGGCGCAUCAGAUUGGCCUAUCUGGAGAGCCAUCGUCUCAUAAACUGAAGGAGUCGGCAGAGAAGAUGCUUAGCUUCAU